AUGGAUAGUGAAAAAUUAAAAUAUUGGGAAGCGGAUGGAAACAGUUCAUUGACUAUAUCCAACAAUUGUGCUAAACAUGGAGAGGAUAGUUUAAGAUGGUCAUGGGAAGGAUCAACAAAUGCAUCUAUUAUAUACACGAAUCCAGAUUUAUUUCAUGCAUUAAAUAUUAAAGCAAACAAAUGUUUAGCAUUUUGGUUAAAUAGUAGACAACAAUCGUAUGAACCGUUGUUUGUAGAAUUUCGAACGUCGGACGAGCAAAUUAUUGAUAAAAUAUGGUUUCAUGUUAAUUUUAUUGGUUGGAGACCAUUAGGUAUACGCUACAAUUUGAUUGAUAGUUUGAAGCAACAAUCUCAUCAAAUUCAUAGUGUCAAGUUUAUCUCUCCAUCAUCACUUGAAAAUGGGAUAUAUUAUAUAAAUGCGCCAAAUUUUGAAUUUAAUCAUUCAGGUCCAAAAGCCGAUUAUCAGCAACCAUGGCAAAAUGAUGUUAAAAAAUUGGCUGAUCCAUCUCUUUCUUUGUACAGUGAGACAAACAUAACUUACAAUCGUCCAUGGUUAACAAACACAAAAUAUCCUGAUGAAGUGACAGAGGAUGACAUUGCCAGUAUAAAAAAGCUAAAAGAUCGUUGGUUAAAACCACCUCCUUAUAAUUCAUGGUCAGCUGGAACAAAACCUGAACCAUUAGAAAAACUACAAGGAUUAUGUGCAAAAUACAAUAUUAGACGCAAUGAGGAAAAUUUUAUUACUGGCAUACCACUUGGAAAAGGAGGUUUUUAUUCGCCUACAAAUGCUCUAGAUCUUCAACCAUUUUUAGUUGGACCAUUUAAAAAGGCUGCAAUCUCAUUUUGUUCAUAUAAAGAUAAGAGUAGUGCGGAAGCACAAGCAACAUGGAAUUUAUUUAUAGAUUUAAGUGAUUAUUUACUUGAACAAGGUUGGAGUGAAGGAAAUGGAAAUAUGGAAGGAAAUCUUGAUAUAGGUUAUGAAAUUAGAAAUUUUCCGAGUUGUCUCUUUUAUGUUCGUGAUUCAUUACAAGAAGCUGGCCGUCUUCAUUCUGUUAUAUGCGCUGCACUAUGGAUUAUGUAUGGUCAUCUAUUACUGGAGGAAAAGCCAUCUGUUAUGGAUACUGAUAUCAUUCAUAAUUAUCUAUUAAAUUGUCUUACACUCAUAUUAUGUAUACCGGAUACACACGAAAUACAUCAACGUUUACAUUCAUUCACAUAUCUAAUCGAAUAUGUACUUGAAAAACUGAUUCAUGAUCCUGUAGCACUUGACGGCUUAGUUCAUCACCACUGGAUGUCUCAUUUUGAUUAUGCAAGUUAUAGUUUACCGGAUAUUAUCAAAAUUGGCUCAGUCUUCAAUGAUACUGAAUUUCAUUUUUCUGAUAAUGUUCGACGUAUUAUAAGACGUAGUGCGUACGCAGUUAAUUUUUGUCUUGUAGAUGCAGAGAAAAUUCCGCCUAAUGUAGCCGCAAGAGCAGGUAAACCAACGGUAUGUAAUGGUCUUAAUAUGAUUAAAACUUGUGUAAGUGUAUGUGAUGAUAAUCAUACAUAUGAUCCGUUCUUAGCUGGUGUUCUCAUUGGUCUAUGCAGUAAAACAGACAAAACAAUUGCACCUUAUAUUCGAGAUGGUAUUGAUGUUAUCGAACUUGAUGGUCAUCUAACAUUGAAUAGUACAGCGGGUGCUAUUCAUCGUCGUGCAAAACAAUUUUAUGUAUCAAUUGUCGGAAUGGGUAAAAACCGUCGUGGAUUAGAAAUUUAUGGAUGGUUAUCCGAUACAAAUAAUUAUGGUAUUUAUGCAAGAAAUUGUUCAAUAUUCAUAGUACCAGCUGAUAAUGAAGGAAAAAUUAAAUAUGAAAAUGCUAGAUGCGAUGUCGCCGGUUGGAAUCCCAGUCAUUGGCCAGGCACAACUAGUUUAUUGCGUCCACGAAUCGAAUUAUUUGAAAGUUACUGUAAUCUCACAGCAAAAAAUUGGUUUGCUGGUGGAACAUCGAUUGAUGGUCGCGAUGGUAUGUGGUCAUGUGAUUUUAAUGUAUGGGAUAUAAAAUUUAAACGUUCUGUUUAUUGCUUUGAUAAUCGUAUAACUGUUUUAACCAGUGAUAUUGAUUUUGUGAGUAAUAGUAGUAGUGCUUAUCCCAGGAUAACUACAUUGUUUCAGUCAAGUUAUUCAAAUAUUAACACACCAUUAUAUUUAAAUAGUUCAGACGUGAUACAAACAUUUCCGUUUGAAGAAACCUAUGAGUUAAAUGAAAAUAAAGUCCAUACCAUUACCGAUAAUUGCCAAAUAUCAUAUUAUUUACAUCCAAAUUUAAAUCAACAACCGAUGAAACUAAAGUUAAAAUGUUCUGAACAAGAAAUGAUCUAUAUAAAUCAAUUUUAUUUAAUUGAUCCAAAACAAAAUCCCAUUCUUGAUAUGAAACAAAAGAAGUUUAAAGAACCAAAAUUAGUAGAUAAUGAAAAAUAUUUUAAAUUAACAAAAGAAAAUUAUGCACUCGGCUACGUUGAACACAUGGAACGAAAUGAAAUGUUUAUCUAUACAAUUUUAUUGAAUUCAACUAAUGAACAAGUCAAACAAUGGACAGAACAAUUUGAAACUACAACGACAAAUGAUAAUCCAUGGGCAAAUGAUGAACAAAUUUUACCACCGUUAAUUGUACUCAAACAAGAUAUAAAUACUCAUAUAUUCUAUGAUCGUGAUACAGAUACAACAUGUUAUACAUUAUUCAAUGUCGAUAAAGCAAAUUCAUCUGCUAUACUUGAUAAAGGUUUUAUUCUAUCGAUUAGUCAACCUUGUACAGUAAUAAUACGUGGUCGGAUACCAACAUUAUCAUGUAGCAUAGCAACAACAGAUUUUAACCGUAAAGAACCACUUGAAUUUAUUUUACGUGGACAAUGGACCAAUGUAAAAUUGUUAAGUGAUGAUGAAAAUCAUACUGUUACUAUUGAAUUAGACACAUCGAUGCCAGACACAAAACCCGUGACAAAUGCACGACAAGUGUUUAUUUCCUCUCGAUGUUUGUUGAAAUCAACAACAUACAAUUAUACAUCUAUACGAUGUAUACUAUUUUGGUACGGCAAUUGGAAACGUGAAUUGUACCGAACACCGGAAGACGCUCUCCGUACUGAUGAAUUGAGGAAAAAACGAAAAUCAUUUUCAGCUAUAAUCCGAGAAGGUUUGCUUGGGCCUAUGAUAAAACAAAUUAUAUGGCCGGAACUAAAGACACAGUUAAAACAAAUUCGUCCAUUGAGUUUCAGACCAGCCUUUAAUCAUAAUGAUUAUGUAUAUAUUCAUAAUUUUGCUGAUAAUGAAGAAAUUAAGAAGUGGACAGUUCGGACAGAUCUUGAUGAAAAAGUUGGAAAAUCGACAGCUGAAAUACUGCCGAGUGGUCAUGGUUCACUACUGUUUCGUGGUAAUAUUAGUACCGAGAUAAUUAAUCAUGAAACAUUAUAUAAUAAAAGUGGAUUUGCCAUUAUGGCUAGUGAACGUCUACAAGGAUAUUUAUUUAUGCCAAAAUUGCGUCAACAAUGGAAAAAUUUUAGUCACUUUUUAAUACGUUUACGUGGUGAUGGACGAACGUAUGAAUUACGCGCACAUACACCCGGCUUAGAUAAUACAAAAUGGUCUUAUAUGCAUUCAAUGAUCUUAUAUACGCGUGGUGGACCCUAUUGGCAAACAGCGAAAAUACCAUUUUCAAAAUUAUUUCGUAACAACAUGGGACGUGUAGUAGAUGUACAGACAAAAUUUAAUCCGUAUCUUUGUACACAAUUGAGUAUUGCUGUAGCAGACUACGUUGAUGGACCAUUCGAGUUAGAAAUAUCACAUAUUAGUUUAUUAAGAGAUGAAAAAUAUGCGUAUGAUGAUUUUGCCUAUGAAAGUUAUCAAGCACCGCCAUUCACAACAAUGGCACAAUAA